UCUCUCCAUACACAGGAUUACACCAUAGUGAAGACAUGGGGGGAGUGUGUGGCCCCCAGCAGCCAUCUCCAUGAGUCAGGAGGAUGGAGCAGGGCCCGGGGACCCAUCACGGAGCCUCCACACCUCUCACUGAUACAUGAGGAGAAGAUCCUAGAACUCACCCACAGGAUCACUGAGCUGCUGACUGGAGAGGUUCCUAUAAGGUGUCAGGAUGUGGCGGUCUAUUUCUCCAUGGAGGAGUGGGAGUAUGUAGAAGGACACAAGGAUCUGUACCAGGACAUAGUCAUGAUGGAGGAUCACCGGCCCCUCACAUCACAAGAUGGAGUCAUUGAGAGAAAUCCACCCGAGAGGUGUCCCCGCCCUCUGUAUUCCCAGAACUGUCCAGAGGGAAAUGUCCCAGAGAACUAUGAGGAUGAAGAUCUGAUGGAUAGUAAGGUUGAAGUUAAAGAUGAAGAAGAGGAGACGGGUGUCAUGGCCGCUUAUCAGUAUGAAGUCAUGGAUAAAAAUCCACCCGAGAGGUGUCCCCGCCCUCUGUAUUCCCAGGACUGUCCAGAGGGAAAUGUCCCAGAGAAGAAUCAGGGGGGAUAUCUGACUAUUAUUAAAGUGGAGGAUGAAGAAGAGAGGAUGAGGAGCCAUCACCCGUGUAUGAGGGAAGUGAAGGAGGAAAUGCCAGGAGGUGUUACCCCAGGAAAUUCCAGAAAGAAGGAAAAGUCAGAGAUCAUGGAGCGCUCCUCAGGAGAAGAUGGAGAGAUCAUGGAGCGCUCCUCGGGACAAGAUGGAGAGAUCAUAGAGCGCUUCUCAGGAAAAGAUGGAGAGAUCAUGGAGCGCUCCUCAGGAGAAGAUGGAGAGAUCACGGAGCGCUGCUCAGGAUCAGAUGGAGAGAUCAUGGAGCGCUCCUCAGGAGAAGAUGGAGAGAUCACGGAGCGCUGCUCAGGAUCAGAUGGAGAGAUCAUGGAGCGCUCCUCAGGAGAAGAUGGAGAGAUCAUGGAGCGCUCCUCAGGACAAGAUGGAGAGAUCAUAGAGCGCUUCUCAGGAAAAGAUGGAGAGAUCAUGGAGCGCUUCUCAGGAAAAGAUGGAGAGAUCAUGGAGCGCUGCUCAGGAUCAGAUGGAGAGAUCAUGGAGCGCUGCUCAGGAUCAGAUGGAGAGAUCAUGGAGCGCUCCUCAGGAGAAGAUGGAGAGAUUAUAGAGCGCUUCUCAGGAGAAGAUGGAGAGAUUAUAGAGCGCUUCUCAGGAGAAGAUGGAGAGAUCAUGGAGCGCUCCUCAGGAGAAGAUGGAGAGAUCAUAGAGCGCUCCUCAGGAGAAGACCUUCUUACCCCUAAUGUCCAUCCAGAUCUAUCCUAUAAUAAUCCCCCUGAUGAUAGGGAACCUUCUCCUCACCAAUCACACAUUGCUACAACAAGGACAGGUCAGAGAGGGGGGAAAAGGUUUCAAUGUGAGGAAUGUGGGAAAGAGUUUACAAGAAGGUCCGGUCUUUAUACACACAGAAGACUUCACACAGGAGAGAAGCCCUUUUCAUGUUCAGAAUGUGGGAAAUGUUUUAUAAGUAAAUCAUCUAUGUUAAAACAUGAAAGAAGUUGCUUAGGAGAAAAAACAUUUUCAUGUUCAGAAUGUGGGAAAUAUUUUGCAAGUAAAUCAAAUCUUGUUAUACAUGAUAAAAUUCACAAAGGAGACAGGCCAUAUUCAUGUUCAGAAUGUGGGAAAUGUUACAUACAGAAAUCAAAUCUGGUUUCACAUGAGAGAAAGCACACAGGAGAGCAGCCAUACUCAUGUUCAGAAUGUGGGAAAUGUUUUAUACAGAAAUCAAAUCUUGCUGCACAUGAAAAAAUUCACAAAGGGGAGAAGCCAUACUCAUGUUCAGAAUGUGGGAAAUGUUUUACUACUCAAUCAAAUCUUGUUAGACAUAUAAGAAGUCACACAGGGGAGAAGCCGUAUUUGUGUUCAGAAUGUGGGAAAUGUUUUAUCACUAAAAGCAAGUUAAUGAAUCAUCAGAGAAAUCACACAGGAGAAAAACCAUAUUCUUGUUCAGAAUGUGGGAAAUGUUUUAUACAUAACUCAAAUCUUGUUGCUCAUGAGAGAAUUCACAAAGGGGAUAAGCCCUAUUCAUGUGCAGAAUGCGGGAAAUGUUUUACAAGUAACUCUGAUCUGGCUAAACAUGAGAGAAGUCACACAGGAGAGAAGCCCUAUUCAUGUCCAGAAUGUGGGAAAUGUUUUAUACAGAAAUCACAUCUUGUUUUACAUGAGAGAAGUCACACCGGAGAGAAGCCAUAUUCAUGUCCAGAAUGUGGGAAAUGCUUUACAGAUAAAUCAAACUUUGUCAAGCAUACGAGAAUUCAUACAGGAGAGAAACCAUAUUUAUGUUCAGAGUGUGGUACGUGUUUUAUAACUAAAGUCAAACUGAGAAACCAUCAGAAAAGCCACACAGGAGAAACAUAAUAUUGAUGUUCUGUAUGUGGGAAAUGUUUUGUAAACAAUGCAGAUAUGGAAAUUCAUCAGAGAAUUUACGUGAAGGCAUUUUCUUGGAAUGUAGGAAAUAAUUUAACCCCUUGCCGCAGAACGCCGUUUAUAAACUGUGCUGCGGCAUGGCAGGGUUAUGAAACCAGCUCAGGAGCUGAACUCGCAUCAUACCCGCACAGUCCCGGCUGCUAUCAGCAGCCAGGACCCGUGGCUAAUGCCGGACAUUGCUGUUCAGGCAGGUGUCCGCAUUAACGCUUUUAACGUGGCCAUCAAAGUUAAUCGCCGUGUCUAAAGUGAAACUAAAAGCUUUGCGGCAGCUCAGUCAGGCUGUUCGGGACCACUGCGAUGAAACUGCGGUGUCCCAAUCAGCUAAGACGCACGAGGAGGGUCCCUACCUUCCUCCUUAGCGUCCAAUCGCCAAAUAACUGUUUCGUGCCUGAGAUCUAGGCAGGAGCAGUCAAGCGGUGAUAACACUGAUCAAUGCUAUGCUAUGGCACAGCAGUGAUCAGUGUAAUAGAUCAGUGUGUGAAAUCUAUAACAUUGCAAAAAAAAAAAGGAAAACAAAAAAGUCAGAAUCACCCCCCUUUUCCCAUAAAAAAAACUGAGUAAAUAAAAAUAAACAUAUGUGGUAUCGCAGCGUGCGUAAAUGUCCGAACUAUAAUAAUAUAUAAUUAAUUAAACCGAUCAAUGCCGUACGCUCAAAAAAAAAUCCAAAGUCCAAAAUAGCCAAUUUUUGGUCACUUUCAUUUUUAUACAAUAAAAAAUGAAUAAAAAGCCAUUAAAAAGUCCUAUCAAAACAAAAAUUGUACUGCUAAAAACUUCAGAUCACGGCACAAAAAAUUAGCCCCAUAUCGCCCCGUACGCAGAAAAAUAAAGUUUUAGGGGUCAGAAGAUGACAAUUUGAAACUUAAAAAUCAUAACUACAUACAGUAAAAUUCAUAAGUACGGACCUACAAAAUAAAGAGAAGGUGUCAUUUUUACCGAAAAAUGCACUGGGUAGAAACGGAAGCCCCCAAAAGUUACAAAAUGGCGUUUUUCUUCAAUUUUGUUGUAAAAUGAUUUUAUUUUUUUUGUUUCAUUGUAGAUUUUUGGGUAAAAUGACUAAUGUCGUUACAAAGUAGAGUUGGUGGCGCAAAAAAUGAGCCACAAUAUGGAUUUUUAUUUCCAGAAUUGAAAGGGUUAUGAUUUUAAAGGGAAGGAGGAAAAAACGAAAGUGGAAAAACACUCAGUCCUAAAGAGGUUAAUCUAUCCAGAUAGUUAAAUAUUGAACAGACAUUUUCCGCUGAACAUCGAACUGUGUGCGUGAUGUAUGGGGAUAAAAGGAAGUGAAGAACAUUCUUUAAUAGGAAGAACAUUCCUAUCCCUGUAUUUGUAAUCUCAGCCGAGGGACCGUGGAGAAUUGGGGACUCCCUAUGUUUGUGUUUAAUGACGACCUAUAAAUAUUUGAUCUUUAUUUAUAUGCUAUAUAAAUGUAAUUGAAAAAAAAAAAGUCAUCAAUUUCUUCUGUGGGAUAAAGUCCUGGUUCUUCCCCCAAAGUCACAAAUAAUGUAAUACCCCAUUAGGUGCAGAACUGCUGUGAUACAGA